CGGAAAUGUAGUUUUUGGAGGCAGUUUCGUCUGAUGGUUGUGGCGGCAAGAGUGCAGUACUUGCAAUGCAGCGUUAUCCCCGAUAUUCCUGUUAGCAUAAGUGACACCGGACACCUCGGUGCUGCUUGACCGGACACACGCACCGGGAGCCCCUUGCAUUUGGAAGGAGCAGGGUUCUGCGCCACCAGUAGCCGCUAGCCGACUGGGGAAGUGUUAGCUUGCUAGCUGAUCGAUGGAAAACAGUGGAUACUUUUAGAGGACCCGACGUGAGUUAACGGUCGGCCACUAAGUGAAGCCAACUGAACGGCCGUCGAGCGUUACUGCCUGCGCGUGUCCGAGGAUUGUAGUAGCUGGUUUUGAACCGCUGCAUUUUCUAAAUGUUUUGAUCUUAACAGCACCGGUUUUACAGCUUCACAGUGUGGCUGCAAUAAACUAGGUUAGAGGUCAUGUUUCUCCACAAUGAACCCGGUCCGCAAACGUCUCAAACUAAGCCCGUCCAAACCAGAACAGUCUCCAAACAGCACCAGCAGCUCCAGGGCUGCUCAGAGCCUUACUCUGCCAGAAAAUGAUUGCCAUGACGCUUCCUUGUUGCUGCCACCAGCCCCCGCCUCUGAUGGAGCUAGAGGUGAGGAUGAGGAAGAGGGCUACCUUCUGGUGGAGGAGGACACCACAGAUUCAAGCCUCAUCAUCACUAUGGAUGACAGUCAGAUGGAGGUGAAGGCAGCAAGAAGGAAGACGGUGAAGAAGAGGAGGAGGGCAGAGGAUGAGGAUGAGAAGUGCAAAACCUCUGAGACAGAGGAGGAGGAGACAGGAGUGGAAGUGGAAAUUGACCGACAGUUGGACCAGUCACUAGAGACAAAAUCCAGACAACACAAUCUGACCACAGUGAAUGUCAGGAACAUCAUCCAUGAAGUGAUCACCAACGAGCAUGUGGUUGCCAUGAUGAAAGCUGCUAUUAACGAGACGGAGGCAGUCCCACCAUUUGAACCCAAAAUGACUCGAUCCAAGUUUAAAGAAGUGGUGGAGAAGGGAGUGGUUAUUCCCACCUGGAACAUAUCUCCCAUCAAGAAAAGCAGUGAUCUUAACAAGGCUCCACAGUUCGUGGACAUCCCUCUGGAUGAGGAAGACUCUUCUGAUGAAGAAUAUCGUCCUGAUGAUGAAGAGGAGGAUGAGACUACUGAAGAUACGUUCCAGGAGAGCGACAUGGAGAGCUCGGCUUCGUCUCCGAGAGGAAGUCGACUAAAUCGAGUGGAUGAGGACAGCUGCAGCCCCUGGCAGACCUCUCGGGUUCAGUUCAGACGAUUCAAGGCGGGAUCUAUGGGACCUCCACCUCCCCCCAAAGCCCUCCCCCCGAAAGCUGUGACUGACAGCACCUUCCUGGAGAAACUUCAUGCUGUUGAAGAGGAGCUGGCCGAUUGUUUGGAGCCCUUCCAGCCUCUGUCGGAGUCAGAAAAUGAGGCGGGUGUGAUGGCAUACCGGACUCGGUCCAAACGUCCUCUCCGGGAUGUCCCGUUGGGCCGUCUUGAAGCAGAGCUUCGAGCUCCUGACAUCACCCCAGACAUGUAUGACUCUAGCUCCACCCACGAGGACAGGGAGUGGACUGACUGGCUGCGAGGCUUGAUGAGUUCAGAUGUGGACAAUGAAGAGGAGUGCGAUGAUGAAGAUGAUCCAGAGUACAACUUCCUGGCUGAAAUCGAUGAACCAGAUAAGGAGGAUUACCGUGACGACAAGGCUGUGCGCAUCACCAAGAAGGAGGUGAACGAGCUGAUGGAAGAGCUGUUUGAAACGUUGAAAGAGGACCUUGCAGGACAGGAAGUAGAUGACGAGGGUCACGAUGAAGAGGAGGAGCCAUUGGAGGAAACACAGACUGCUCAGGCAAACCCAUUUGAGGAGCAGCACAGCGUAGGGCCAUCGGACAAUGAGCCAGAUGAGCCGAUCACGGAGCUGCGUACAGUAAGGCAGCAUCUGGCUUUGAUCAGGAAGAGGCGGCAGACGAACACAAUGUGCAAGAAGCUAGCAGAAUGUCAGGAACCGUACACACUGAAGCUGAAUGCUCAGCAGAUGAGAAGACUACAGCAGCAGCUGCAGCAGCAUGUCCAGCUGCUGACUCAGAUUCAUCUGUUAACUUCACCUGUCACCAGGCUGCACAGUGAGGCCGAGACCACCAGACAGUUUCUGUUUGAGUUGGACAUGCUGGCUCAGAGGGGUGAGCUGAUCCGUUCUGCAGGUCAUCCCACUUUUUGCAGCGCUUUCAGAGCCUCCAACCUGCAGGGGGCGCUGAACCUGCUGGAGGAGCUGCGGCAGAAUCCCAUCACCUACCAGCCACAGCCCCGGUUACCCGAUGCCAGAGGACACAUGCGCUGUUUCCCCGUCCUGCCUGCUGAGCUGGCUUGGCUCUUUGCCACUCGUCCAGUGUUCCUCUACCCGGAGCUGCUGCCCUGCGCAAGUCUGGAUCCCGCUCUCUACUGCCCCCGCAGGACGGCAGCUUUUACUCCAGCUGAAGACUGCCUGCUGGUGCUUGGCCUCAGGAACAUGGAGGGGUCAUGUGAUCCGCCAAAGCUAGUGUCGCAGUUUUUGCUGCGGAAAACUUUGGUUCAGGUCCGACGGCGAAUCCUGCAGUGCUGUAGACCUGGGUUCCCAAACAACAUUGUUAAGGCCUUCAGGUAUCAGCAGGUGCUGUGGUCCAUGCCGGUGGCCUGCCACCAUGUUGACCCAGAUGAGCAGCGCCCACCUGUGGAGAGGGAGGAGAGGGUCAUGCCUCUCUGGCUCAUGCGGAGCCUUCCUGUCAUCUAUCCAACCAUCAAACACUUCAACUGCCCGUCUGGUUCCGCCCCCGAGGCCCCGCCGUCCUGCCGGAGGGGGAAGGCCCGUCAGAGCCACCUGGCCUUUCUGCGCUCCUCCAGCACCUCCAGCUUCCCUCCCGGGACCAAAUACCCGCCUCGCCUCCCCACCAACCUGGACUUCAGACGAAUGGGGUUUGUUGCUCUGCAGCAGCCCCUCCCUGAAGCCUCCUCUGACUCCUGUGCUCUCUCUGACAAUCCAGUCAACGUGCCCCCCCCCUCUCCGCCUCACCCGCUCAGUCCUCCUCGGGUCCUCCUCCAGCGCCUCCUCCUGACCAGAACCGACACCCCUGCUGACGGUACAACCGCCUCGGCGGUCUCUAUGGAAAUCGUAGAGCAAAUCAGACGCCACUCUCGUACACUGGCCGGACUGAGAAGGAGAAGGCCAUCUGCCCCUCCUCCUGCCGCAGGGAAACCCCGCCUGAACCAAAAAGAAACGAGGAGGAGUCAUGAUGAAGCCACUGCUCCUCCCCCUGAAAUCACUGCUCCCUUCCAAGAGAUGGGCAAGGAUGUAAUCAGCAUUAAUAACGAGGAAGGAGUGGUACAGGAAGAGGGCGACAUACUCUUGGCUCUCUCUGAAUCUUCGCCCAGCGCCACAGGAAGUGUAACCAACAACGACGACCCGGCUGAUCAUAAGGAAACUCAGUCGGAAAGCGAACAGGAAGUAACCGUGCUUCCAUCUAAAGGGGAUAAAAAUGCUGAUGACGGAGGAACGUCUUCAGAUGAAUCUGUUGUCCAGUUACAGGAGAAACAGUCGUCAGAAGAAACCGAGGAGGAUGACGAAGAUGAUCAACGGCAAUCGGAAGAUCGGGUGUUUGCUCAGGAUUAUCUUCAAAGAGUCUGCCAAGCGGUGCAGGUGUGUCCAGGUCUCUCAGAACAGCUGUUGCAGGUUUUGGAUGAAUAUACAGCAGCGGCCCCUCCAAAAGCCCCCGAGCUCUUAUACGACACGCUGAGCCGCCUGCUGACACAGUGGCCUCAGCUGCUGAAGGACUUUGCCGCCUUCCUGAACCGCCGACAGGCCCGCAGAUGUGGACUGGUAGGUGGCGUCACAGUGACUCAACGCGGUUCAACUUGGAUUUGGAUACAGCCUCUAAAACGUAACCCCUCUGGCCAGAUGUUGGAGCAGCAGCUGUUUGAACGAAGUCGCAGGUUGCUGCGGCACCUUGGACGGAGUCUGGGAGAGAGCUCGUCCCUCUACCAGGAGGUGGUGUCUCUGCUCCAGGGAAGCUCCGCCCCCUCUACUGAGGACAUGGCAAAGGUCUCGUCUUUGCUCAGAAACCAUCCAGACCUGCAUGCAGAAGUCCAGGACUUCUUCCAGCGACUCCACACCUCCUCGUCACCCGUAGCAACCUGUUCCAAGACAACAAAGAUGGAUUCUGCAAAGAGAGUAGACACUCAGGCAGGCAGUGACAAGGAGGCUGAAGAGAAGCGGCGAGCAGUUUGUGCCAAAAACAUCACAAUGACACCCACUGGGGAGAAGGUGGUGGUCUGGAACCGUGAGGCAGACCGCACCAUCCUGACAGCCUGUCAGCAGAGAGGAGCCAAUAGAAAAACAUUCAGACAGGUGUCCACCCAGUUAGGAAAUAAGACCGUCCAACAGGUUCAACUUCGUUUUGAGGACCUGAUGAAGCUUUUCCACUCGUCGUCCAAAAACUCCACGUUGUCCUCAGUGGGCCAGCCAAACAGAAGAGAGGAUGCAGUUCCAGACUGAACAAAGAGUCUGUGAUUGGCCAGAAAAAGACAGGCGUCAGUCCUGAAACUGAUCCAGAUCAGCUGCUGUGGGAUCAGAAUGAAUUUAUGUUUGAAGUUCAGUCAAGAUGUUGUGCUGUUAGUCAUAUUUUAAAGCUCAUGGAAAACAUUAUCUAUACCUGACCCUCUUUGAGAGAUUGGUGUGAAAUCUGUUGCUCUGU